AUACGCGUUCGCCACGUGCUCGUUCGAGUUUCCACUUUGUUGUAAUUCGUGUGCGUAAAGGGAGGUCACUAUGCAGUCUCAACCACAACAACCUGUGUCGAAACAGUCGGUGCAAGUGUUUGGUAGAAAGAAAACCGCUACUGCGGUAGCUUACUGCAAGUCUGGCAAGGGCAUGGUCCGUGUGAACGGAGUACCGCUUGAGCAUGUGGAGCCGUCGACAUUGAGAGUCAAGGUGGAAGAGCCGAUUUUGUUGCUGGGAAAGGAUCGUUUUGCUGGCGUAGACAUGAGAGUGAGAGUAAAGGGAGGCGGACACAUAUCACAAAUCUAUGCCAUUCGUCAGGCAAUUUCUAAGGCUCUCGUUGCAUACUAUCAAAAGUAUGUUGAUGAGGCUUCAAAGAAGGAGAUCAAGGACAUACUGACGAGGUAUGACAGGACUCUACUGGUUGCUGAUCCGAGACGAUGUGAGCCGAAGAAGUUUGGCGGUCCGGGAGCAAGGUCUCGCUACCAAAAGUCCUACCGUUAGAGAGCAGACUCUAGUUGCUUCUUUAUAUCAAUAUAAUACAUGAAUACUUGAACAA